CUAUUUCAGGUUGCAGUGCAAUAUAUUAGAAUAGAACUAAAAGGAUGAGUAGCAGACCCAGAAAAGUGUUGGUGAUGGCUAUUGUAGCAGUGGUGGCUGCAGCAUCAAUUUGUGGUAAUGUGAAUGGGGAGAAGGAAGAGUGCACUAAAGGAUCAGAGUGCAAGAAAUCAAUCUAUUGCUGUAACAUGACCAUAUCGGAAUUCUUCGAUGCGGACCAGUUUGACAAUUUCUUCCCCAAGCGUAACUCACCAAUAGCUCAAGCAGUUGGCUUUUGGGAUUACCAAUCCUUCAUUACUGCCUCCUCCUUAUUCCAACCCCUUGGCUUCGGCACCACCGGUGGAAAGGAUAUGCAGAUGAAGGAGGUCGCCGCAUUUCUUGCCCAUGUCGGCAGCCAGACAUCCUGUGGUUAUGCGGCUGCCCCUGGGGGACCUUAUGCUUGGGGGCUGUGCUACAGCCAUGAAAUGAGCCCAAGCCAGUCCUACUGUGCUUCCAGCUACAUCUAUCCCUGUGCCCCUGGAGCUGAGUACUAUGGUCGGGGUGCCUUGCCUGUCUACUGGAACUACAACUAUGGGAUGAUUGGGAAUGGUUUGAAGGUGGAUCUGUUGAACCAUCCGGAAUACUUGGAACAGAAUGCCACAAUAGCAUUCCAAGCAGCUAUGUGGACGUGGAUGAACUCAGUGAAGAAGAAACAGCCAUCAGCCCACCAAAUCUUUGUUGGCAAGUGGAAACCCACCAAGAACGACACGCUGUCCAAUCGGGUUCCAGGCUUUGGAACCACAAUGAAUAUUCUCUAUGCGGAUCAGGUGUGUGGUCAGUAUGGGAACAUGGAAUCCAUGAAUAACAUCAUCAACUUCUACCUCAAUUAUCUUGAUCUAAUUGGAAUUGGGCAAGACCAAGCUGGACCUUAUCAAAACCUAUCCUGUGCCCAACAGGAGGUCUUCAACCCUUCCACCUCAUCUUCGUAGUAAAGCUUGCAAUCAUU